CGUGUCCGAGUUCCUCAUGGGGGAGGUGGACAGCAGCACCAUCCUCUCCAUCCCACCCAGCGACCAGAACCAGACUAUGGAGAGCCUCUACGGGGGGAUCCCCGGGCCCGGAGGAGACGGGAUGCCUUCGGGCAUGGAAAGCGAGGACACGGGCCGUCCUCCUGCCGAGGAAGUGGACGUGAUGCUGCAGCGCUGCGAGCGGGGGGUGGAUGCUGCCCUCCAGUACGCCAAAAACAUCUCCAAGUACAUGAAGGACCUCAUCGGAUACCUGGAGAAAAGGACCACGCUGGAGAUGGAGUUCGCCAAAGGGCUUCAGAAGAUGGCAAACAGCUGCAAGCAAACCAUCAGCCAGGAGACCAACAUGCCUUUCCUGUCCAUCUACCUGCUGGCCCUGGAGCAGGACAUGGAGCACGGGACGUCGGUUCUGCAGGCUGCCACCACCCUGCAGCACCAAACCUUCCUCCAGCCGCUGACGGUGAGACGCCUUGAACACGAGAAGCGGAGGAAGGAGAUCAAGGAGCAGUGGCACCGGGCGCAGAGGAAACUGCAAGAGGCAGAGGUGAACCUGCGCAAGGCCAAGCAGACGUACAUGCAGCGCAGCGAGGAGCACGACAAGGCCAAGUACAUGGCGGUGAAGGCGGAGGAAGAGCAGCAGAACACGACCAGCAGCGUCACCACCAAAACCCUGGACAAGAAGAGGCGGCUGGAAGAGGAAGCCAAGAACAAGGCAGAAGAGGCGAUGGCCACCUAUCGGACCUGUGUCGCGGAUGCAAACACCCAGAAGCAGGAGCUGGAGGAUACCAAGGUGAACUCCUUGCGGCAGAUCCACGAAGUGAUCAAACAGAGCGACCAGGUCAUGAAGACGGCCACCAUCUCCUUCUACCAGAUCAUGCACAUGCAGACGGCUCCGCUGCCCGUCAACUUCCAGACACUGUGCGAGAGCAGCAAGCUGUAUGACCCCGGGCAGCAAUACGCCUCUCACGUCAGGCAGCUGCAGCGAGGAGACGAACCCGACAUCCAGUACGACUUUGAGCCCUACGUGUCACACAACGCCUGGUCCCCCUUCACUCGGACGCGGAAAGGCAGCUUCAACGCCAACGACUUCUCGACGAGCGCCGGCUCUGACGGGGCCGGGCUGGCCAAGGACGGGGCCGUCUCGGAAGGAGGGGCAGGAGCCAAGGAGCCGCACGGCGGGGCUGUGGUGGCCGAGCGGAGAGGUGAGGGACACCAGGUCCAUAAAUCCUGGCCAACCUCUGUUGCUGAAGCUGACAGCAGCCUGGAUUCAACCACAGGUGAAUUCAGCCGCAAGCUCCAGCGGCUCUCGUCCAACGGCACCAUGUCCUCCAGCGAAGAGCUGGAGGAGAAGGAUGAGAACGCCACCUCCUUUGAGCAGAGCAUCCACGGGAUCAGCCCAGAGAUGGCGGCUCCGACAGGGCCCUUCCGAAACAUCGGCUUAUCCAAGGCUGCGCAGACGCAUCGGCUGAGGAAGCUCCGCGCCCCUUCCAAGUGCCGGGAGUGCAACAGCUACGUUUACUUCCAGGGAGCAGAAUGCGAGGAGUGCUACCUGGCCUGCCACAAGAAGUGUCUGGAAACCUUGGCCAUCCAGUGUGGGCACAAGAAACUCCAAGGGAAGCUGCAGCUUUUUGGGCAAGACUUCACAAAGGCUUCUCAGAGCAGCCCAGAUGGCAUCCCCUUCAUCAUCAAGAAGUGCGUCUCUGAGAUUGAGAAGCGGGCACUGAAAACCAAGGGCAUCUACCGAGUUAAUGGUGUCAAGACCCGAGUGGAGAAGCUCUGCCAGGCAUUUGAGAACGGGAAAGAGCUGGUGGAGCUGUCCCAGGCCUCCCCUCAUGAUAUCAGCAACGUCUUGAAGCUCUACCUGAGACAGGAGGCCAGGGGCAAGAGCGGGAAGGGCGGCCCCGAGCUGGUGGACAAAGGAGCCGACACUGACCAGGUGGUGGCGAACCUGGUGCUGAAGCUGAAGGAGCUGCUGAAGGAGCUUCCCUGGGAGAACAUGGCCACGCUCCAGUACCUCCUGCAGCACCUGAGAAGGAUCGUGGAAGUGGAGCAGGACAACAAGAUGACCUCAAGCAACCUGGGCAUCGUCUUUGGGCCAACGCUGAUGCGCCCCAGGCCCACGGACGCCACGAUUUCCUUGUCCUCGCUGGUUGAUUAUCCCCACCAAGCUCGCAUCAUCGAGGCCCUCAUCAUCUUCUAUUUGACCAUCUUUGAGAACAAGGAGACCACGGUGCUGGCCGACUCCAGCAAAUUCGCCACAGAGAGCAAGGAGGAGGCAGCCAGCUGCCCUGACCUG